GUGUGGUGUCCCGUACGUUAAGUACAGAAAAUGAGUCAAGCAGCUGGCAAUGACGGACAGGCGGUCCCAGAGGGGGAGCCUGAGCACGUGAGCGUGCACACUGAAGCGUCGAGCUUCACACCUCAGCAGGCCUCCGAGCAGGCGGUCCCGGGCGUGGGCCCUAUACCAGAAGCCAUCCCUAUUGUCCAGCCGCAGUUCGCGGCUAACUUCAUGAACUUCCUCCAGCAGAUGGCUGGAGCUUACGUGCCACCGCCACCACCGCCGCCACCAGUGGCGGUAGUCACUAUCGAGAAACUCCGGAAGAAUGGAGCUGAGGAAUUCUUGGGCGAUCAGAUCGCCGACCCCAUGAUUGCCAAACGGUGGUUUGAGCGAACCAUCCGAGUGUUGGGGAACCUGAGGGUUCCACAGGAACAGCGUGGCGACCUCGCAGUCGCAUUACUUCAGGAUUCCACCUACGACUGGUGGAAGCGUGUGGGAGCAGGCGUCCCGGAGCCCGUGCAGUGGGCCACAUUUGACCGACUCUUCCACGAAGAGUACAUCCCUGAGCACUUCGUCGAGGCGAAGCGGGAGGAGUUUUUGAAGUUCACCCAGGGUGAACUCACACUGCCUGAGUAUCGUCAGAAGUUUGACGAGCUCGCGGGGUUUGGGCUAGACCUCGUACCGACCGUGGAGAAGCGAUGCAAACGCUUCGUGGAGGGUUUAUGUCCCGACCUUUCGACCCAUCUGAUCAUUGCUCCCCGGAGUGACAUCAAUGCGUUGUACAAGAAUGCGUUGGAUUUGAACGCGGCCCUCAUCAAGAAGGCUGAGUAUGAGCAGACACUAGGAGUGUCAUCGGCACCAUCUCGUCCUCCUCCACCCCAGAAGGCGGGGACCAGCAGCAAGAGGUCCUUUACAGCGCCGAGCAACUCUCACCAGAGUAAGAAGGUGAAGUCAGCCCCAGCUCAGUCAUCUGCGUCCGUACAGAAGAAGGGCAAGAGCGGGGAUGGGUUUCGCAAUCCGAUUUGCGACCUUUGUGGGCGCAGGCACCCAGGAGAGUGUUGGUACACUCUUGGCCUGUGCCUUGGGUGUGGCCAGGCCGGGCAUUUCCGAAAAGGUUGUCCGAAGAAUCCGGGUGAGGCAUUCUCGACCGCAUCGGCCGCUCCGGCCCCAGCAGCGCAGCCCGCCCAGAGUCAGAAGUCGGCGGCAGCAUCUAGCCAGCCCAAGCGGCAGGCAUCUGGCGCUCAGGCGGGGAAGGGCCGUACUUACGCAAUGCGAGGGCGUACCGAGCAGCCCGCCCAUGACGUCAUCAUGGGUAUGUUCACCUUAUUCGAUACAUCUAUUACAGCUUUGAUUGAUCCGGGUUCCACUCUAUCAUAUGUUUGUAUGCCUAUGCCUGUUAUGCCUAACAUUCCGAGGGAAAAUUUAGACAAUCCGGUAUUAGUGUCCAACCCAUUGGGACACAGCCUACGACUCACCCAUGUGUACAAUGAUUGCCCAUUAGUGGUCCAGGGAAAGAUUUUCCCUGCGAGUCUCAUUGAGCUUCCACAUCGUGAGUUUGACGUUAUUCUGGGCAUGGAUUGGCUCACCGCCAACCAAGCCGUUGUUGACUGUGGAGUUCAUAUUGUUCGACUGAGAGCCGAAGACGGUAGUGACGUACUGAUCCAUGGUGAGCUUCUUCCGAAAGCUCCAGAAUUCAUUUCCUACAUUCAUGAUCGUCGACUCAUUCGCAAGAAGUGUGAAGCAUUCUUGUGCACAGUGCGUGACACUUGUCAGGAGGCGCCUGGUAGGGGGGACAUCCCUACGGUGUGUGACUUUCCUGAUGUGUUUCCGGAUGACUUACCUGGUCUACCACCCCCUAGGGAG